AUGAGUGAUUACUCGUACCAAUCGUUGGCAAACAUGGGGCCGCAAGGUCGGUGGCGUCGUGUCUUGCUCGUCGCCAUGGUACCAAUGGUGCUGGCAUUCAUUUACUACAGCACUCCCUCCUCAUACAUACCUGCUGGUCUUUCUUCUUCACCAUAUCCGCAUACCCAAAAUGUAACCCUUCCUCAAGACGACCUAACCAUGGCGACGAUAAUAAAAGCCCUCUAUGGCCCCGUAUUACACCCAAUUGAUGCUCCAGAGUUCACAGAUGAAGAUGGAGAUGUAUACCGGUUGCCCGGAAAACCGAGAUUUACAAGCAAGCUGGGGAAGAAGGUCCUAAUUUUGGAUAUUGACAGUAGGCCCUUGACAGAAGAGGGUCAGCUUAUGAACAAGCACUUGAAGUGGAAGGGCAUGCGGUCACUUUCCGCCGGCAUGCUGGGUCACUACAUGUUUGCUCAAAUACACGGUUACGACUACAAGUUUAUCCGCGCACCCGACUACGAAGACCGUUGGGGCACCUGGGUCAAGGUACCCAUGAUGAAAGAAGCCCUCAAGACGCACGAAUACAUUGUCUUCAUGGACUCGGACGUCAUGUUCCACUACCCGCACCUUCCCCUCGAAUGGCUCCUAAACUACUGGAACAUGACUGACGACACCCUCGCCAUGAUGUCCAUCGACCCCAACGAGCCCCAAAACUACGACUCAAAGGGCAACCGCUACCUCAAUACUGGCUUCGUCAUUGCGCGCCAGAGCAAGCGCACCCAGGAAAUGUACAAGGCAUGGGCCGAGUGCCCCUCGGAGUCCCGCUACAAGGGCUGCGCCAAGUGGAAAAAGGGCUGGGCCCACGAACAAGCGGCCUUUGGAAACUACCUCCGCUACGACUAUGAUCGUCCAGACGAUAUCCGCGUCUUGCCUUGCGUCGAGGCUAACGGUGCGCCUGAAGCAGAGAAGAGAGGUGGCUGCAAGGGCGUUUUCGUCCGACAUUUCUGGGUCGACAAGGGCCUUGUCGCGAAGAGUCUUGCCGAUAACGUUAUGCAGUAUUUCCUACCGAGACUGCACGAGACAUAUUUGGCAUCGUCGAAUGAACAUAUCGUCGAUGCCAAGGGAUACAGGCUCGAGGGCGCCGAGCUGAUUGAAAUGACGGAUGCGGAGAAGGAAGCUGCGAGGAAGGGCAAGGGCAAGAAUCAGAAGGAUGAGGGAUGGUAG